AUGGGUGCUGCAUCAUCAAAACUUAUAGACAGCUUACUGGAGGAUACCAAUUUUGAUCGAGAUGAGAUUGAAAGGUUAAGAAAAAGAUUUAUGAAACUAGAUAGCGAUAGCUCAGGUAGUAUUGAUAAAAAUGAAUUUAUGAGUAUUCCAGGUGUUUCAUCAAACCCUUUAGCUGGAAGAAUUAUGGAGGUAUUUGAUGCGGAUAAUAGUGGAGAUGUUGAUUUUCAAGAAUUUAUCACUGGUCUAUCUAUUUUUAGUGGUAGGGGUAGUAAGGAUGAAAAAUUAAAGUUUGCCUUUAAAAUAUAUGAUAUCGACAAAGAUGGUUAUAUAUCUAAUGGUGAAUUGUUUAUUGUGUUGAAAAUUAUGGUUGGUAAUAAUUUGGAUGAUGCCCAAUUGCAACAGGUUGUUGAUAGAGCAAUAAUAGAAAAUGAUGUAGAUGGAGACGGUCGCUUAAGUUUUGAAGAAUUUAAGAAUGCUAUUGAAACUACAGAGGUAGCAAAAAGUUUAACUUUACAGUAUAAUGUUUAA